AUGUCUUUCCAACAACCUCUCGAAAACAACUACUGGCGUGCGAAUCGAGACACCGGCAGCGGCGCCCGCUUACCUGGAUACGGACUUUCGAAGUCUCCUGGACUACCCAGCAAAGUGGACGGUUUCUUUCAAACGCAACCCACCCUUCCAAUGUACAAAGAUAAACCUUAUUUUGCGCCGCGGCGCACGGGUCCGAGGAGUAGACGGCGGAAGCUCCUGUAUUGGGGCGCUGCUCUGUUCACGUUCAUUUGUUUGUGGUACUAUGCGUCUGGAUCCAGCAGUUGGGAUGGGCUUAAAGUGAAGGUUUCAGACCACGCCAAGGGAGCGGAGCUGUGGAAUUGGGUACAGAGUCUUGAUGAUUCGGCGUCAAAAGGCAAGCAGAAGUCUGUCGACUGGGAGGCACGAAGAGAAAAGGUCAGAGAUGCAUUUAUUGUCAGUUGGGAUAGCUACGAAAAGCAUGGGUGGGGAUUUGAUGAAUAUCACCCGAUCUCCAAGAGUGGCAAGCAUAUGGUUGAUGGUGGUAUGGGGUGGAUAAUCGUUGAUGCGCUUGAUACGAUGAUGAUGAUGAACCUCACAUCGCGAGUCCAGCACGCACGUAACUGGAUCUACAAUUCAUUAAAAUACGAUCAAAACCAGGACGUGAACACGUUUGAGACAACCAUUCGCAUGUUGGGAGGCCUACUCUCGGCCCAUUAUCUGUCCACGACGCACCCGGAGCUGGCUCCGAUCAGUGAUGACGACAAGGGCUCACCGGGGGAAGACUUGUAUAUCGAAAAGGCGACUGAUCUCGCAGACCGAUUGAUGGGGGCUUUUGAUUCUAAUUCUGGGGUCCCCUUUGCGAGUAUAAUCCUUAGCGAUUCUAAAGGAGUCGUGUCGCAUGCGGACGGUGGGGCAUCAUCAACAGCUGAGGCUACCUCAGUGCAGCUCGAGUUCAAGUACCUCGCCAAACUGACCGGUGAGGCUGAGUAUUGGCAAGCUGUGGAGAAAGUGAUUGAAGUUGUGGACAGACAGAAAAUGGAAGAUGGCCUGCUUCCGAUCUAUAUCUACGCCGAUUCGGGUGAGUUUAGAGGCAGGAACAUUCGUCUGGGCAGUAGGGGCGAUUCGUACUAUGAAUAUCUCAUCAAGCAGUACCUGCAGACAUCGAAGCAGGAGCCUAUCUACAAAGAAAUGUGGGACGAGGCGCUGAUGGGUAUUCGUAAACACUUGAUUGCAUACACGAAAAAUUCCCGGUUGGCCGUCGCGGUAGAACGACCUAAUGGUCUUCACGAGGGGAUUUCACCGAAGAUGGAUCAUCUGGUCUGCUUCCUGCCAGGUACGAUUGCGCUUGGCGCCACUGGUGGAGAGCCCCUAUCCGAAGCAAAGAAGUCGCCGGAUUGGACUCAACGACAUGACGAAGAGAUACUGCUGGCCAAGGAGCUGAUGAAGACGUGCUGGGCGACCUAUCUUGCCACCAAGACCGGACUCGCACCCGAGAUUACCUACUUCAAAUUCGACGACCCCCCAGUCAUGAUGAGUGAUAUGUACCCAGACUCGACCAUGAACACAGGAAACCGAAAGUCUCAGCAAGAGGAUCUACCUCUUGCGUCAAAGCCACUUUAUCCCCUGGAUGAUGAGGACCUGCGGUGGAGAAACGACCUCAAUAUCCGUACCCAAGAUCAACACAAUUUGCAACGACCAGAGACAGUGGAGUCUCUGUUCUACAUGUACCGGAUCACCGGCGAUGAGACCUACCGCGAGUGGGGAUGGGAGAUGUUCAAGUCGUUUGUCAAGCACACGGCUGUGGUCGAACACGACAACCCAACCUUCUCAUCGCCCUCGAGCAAAGAAUCCGCAUGGAUUGUAGCAUUCACCUCGCUGUCCAAUGCCAAUACCAUCCCCCCGGUCAGGAGAGACAACAUGGAGAGUUUUUGGAUGGCCGAGACGCUGAAAUACUUUUAUCUGUUAUUCUCGGAUCGGGAUUUCCUCCCUCUAGAAGGAAAUGUACUCAACACUGAAGGCCAUUUGUUCCCACGGUUUGAACCAGGGGGGGAACUCAAGACGGGCUGGACGCGGAAAAUGGCCUCGUGA